CCAUUUUGGAUUUAGGAAAAUCAAUUAUUAUCCAUCCAAAUGCACUCCAAAACUCUCAAACCAUCAAACAUUCUUUAACUUUGUUACACAAACAUGACCACUUUCACAAAUCCUACAACUUUGUUCCAUCCAAAAAUCACCAUAACCAAAACUCAUCACACACAAUGCAAGACAUUACCAAAAAUCCAAGCAAACUUAUCAACUGAUGAAGAGAAUUUUUCGUGUAGACGAAAACUUAUCGCGAUAUUUCUAGCUACUCCAUUGGCACUAGGCCUACAAUCUACCCCGUUAGCAUUGGCUGAAAAUUGGGGCGUUCGUUCAUUCUUAAGGGAACAUUUCUUUGAGCCUGGAUUGUCCCCUGAAGAUGCAGUAGCACGAAUUCGCCAAACAGCAGACGGUUUACAUAGUAUUAAGGAAAUGUUGGAGACCAAUUCAUGGAGGUAUGUCUUGUUUUAUAUUCGUCUUAAAUCGGCUUAUCUUAAACAGGACAUGAAGAAUGCCUUGUCCAGGGUGCCUGAAGGUCGAAAAGAGUCUUAUAUUAAAACUGCCAAUGAGCUUACUGAUAACAUGGCUGAGUUUGAUUACUACAUUCGAACACCAAAGGUAUAUGAAUCUCGUGUAUUCUACGAGAAGACAUUGAAAUCAAUUGAUGAAUUGGUCGCAUUACUUGCAUAAUGUCAAGAGUUUUCACAUCAUCAGAGUCAGAGUACCCAUUGCAACAGCACUUGCUAAGGUUCCAACAAGUGCGGCGAUGCGUAAAACGAGAUCAAAUACAGAGAUUCCUCUGUUUACUCCAUGAACUCUUUUGGCCUUUGAUGCUUCUCCAGCUUCAAUUGACACU